CAGAAGAGAUGGAGAUCCGACUGAGUUUACAGCUGCUGGUUGCUUCUCUGAUGAUGGCGUCAGCUGCCUCACAGCAGAACUUUUGUUUGAACACAACGGUCCUGAGGACGCAGACGGCCUGUCAUUCCUGCACCAUCUCCAUGUUUAUUCCCUGCCCAUCAGGAUCCAAAAGGACUCCAGGAUCCCUGACCUCCGGCUGCAAGUACCACGUCAAGACCGGCAGCUUGAAGCUGGCCAUCAGCGGCUGCUCCUUUGAGUGCUACAGGGAGGUGCAGGUGAAGAACUGCUGUCCUGGUUACUGGGGUCCAGACUGCAUGGAGUGUCCCGAUCGGGCCAACAGACCCUGCAGCAGCAAAGGGGUCUGCUCUGAUGGGCUAGGAGGGAACGGCACCUGCAGCUGCCAGGUUGGUUUUGCAGGAACUGCGUGUGAGGACUGCGCACCUGGGCGUUACGGCGCCACCUGUAGCUCAGAGUGUACAUGUGUCCACGGUCUCUGUGGUUCCGGACUGAAAGGUGAUGGUCGCUGCACCUGCUUCUCUGGAUAUAAAGGUCCCAGCUGUGACCAGGAGUUACCUGAGUGUGUGGCCCUCAGCUGCCAGCAGAACUCUCGCUGUAUGGAGGAAGCUCUGACUGGAAAGCUGGUGUGUCAGUGUUUGCCCGGCUAUGAGAGACUCGGACCUGAGUGCAUCUCUAAAAACCCGUGCCUCCAGUCAGUCUGCCAUUCCCAGGCUUCCUGCAUCCACACUGGACCAAACCAGCACCUUUGUGCCUGCAACAAGGGCUACAGUGGUGAUGGACGGGUCUGCAUGCCGGUCGAUCCAUGUCAGACCAAAAACGGAGGGUGCUCCACAAAGUCUGCCCGCUGUGUCUAUGAUGGACCGGGACAGUCUCACUGCGAGUGUUUACCGGGCUUUGUGAAGCUGUCAGAUGGGAGCUGCAACCUGAGGGAUGUCUGCAAACCCGAUUCCUGUCACCAGAACGCCAACUGCACUACUUUGGGACCCGGUCAAGUCGAGUGCACCUGUCUCCAAGGGUACAUCGGGAAUGGUAAACUUUGUUUUGGGAACAUCAUGGAGCGUCUAAGGGAACUGAAUACUCAGCCUGGGAAGGAGUGGAGUGGUCAGCUGAGCUACGCUCUGUCUCUGUUUGGUUCUCUGUCGUGGCCUCUGCAGAACUUGGGUCCUUAUACUGUUUUUGUUCCUGUCAACAAAGGCUUCAGGGGAUUUUCAAUACGGUCUCUGACUGCAGAUCCAUUCAAAGCCAAGUACCUGUGUAAGAUGCACCUGGUUGCUGGUGCAAUGCCAUCCUCCAGUCUGAAGAAAACUGAUGUCUUCUACACGCUGUCAGGAAAAUCAGGAGAGACGGACACUUCAGAUAGGGACAGUCAGAUCAGAAUCCGUAUCCAUGGCAGCAGAAAGAAAGGUGCCAUCAUCCAGUCUGACCUCGCAGCAUCCAACGGAGUCAUCCAUAUCAUCACUAAGCUGAUGGACAGUGUUCCAGCCACCGUGGAGAGCAAACCAGAUGAGAACCUGAUGAAGAUCAUCUCUGACUAUGGCAAAUUUGAGACGUUCAAGUCCCUACUGGAGAAAACGGACCUGGCGUCUGUGAUGGACCUUCCUGGACCCGUCACAGUCUUCACUCCCACUGCUGCAGCAUUUGAUGCAAUGAAGGAGGGACACUUGCAGUUCCUCCGCAGUCCAGAAGGUCACACAAAGCUGAUAGAGUUAAUCAGGAACCACAUCGUCCCGUCCACCGCCCUGGAGGUCUAUAGCAUUGUGUCGAAUCCCACUAUUGUGACGAUGGCAAAUCAGGUCCUGAUCAUCAACGUGACAGAAAACGGUCAGAUUCUGGUUAACGGUGCGGCCGUUCUCGAGGCAGCCGUGGAGGCCAGAAAUGGACGGCUGUAUGUGAUGGAUGGAGUUCUGACUCCACCUUCCGUCAAACCUUUGCUGCCCCACAGGUGUGACAUCACAGAGACCAGGACAGUUAAGGGUGAAUGUGUCAGUUGUUCAAAAGUCCAUCUAUCCCAGUGCUCAUCAGGAAUCUACAUAGGCACCUUCACAUAUGGAUGUGUUUACACCCUCUCCUUCAACAAAUCACCCAUCAGGGUCCCUUCAAAAGGUUGCUCCCCGCUCUGCAACACGACUGUGAUGACUCCAGCUUGUUGUAAAGGUUUCUAUGGUCCAGACUGCACUCCCUGCCCAGGUGGCUUUCAAACACUCUGCUCCGGACAUGGCCAGUGCAUGGAGGGAAUAGGUGGAAAUGGGUCGUGUAUCUGUGAACCAAACUUCAGAGGCUCUCGCUGUCAGUACUGCUCCUCCUCCAACAAAUAUGGUCCAAACUGCGACAGAACCUGUCCCUGCGUCCACGGACAGUGUGACAACCGCCCAGGCUCAAACGGACGAUGUAAACAGGGGUCCUGUCUUCAAGGUUUCACCAGUCAGUUCUGUGAUAGACGAACAUCUUUUUGUGGAAGCCUGGCCCAGUUUUGCCAUGCACACGCCGACUGUGACUUCAGUGAUGGAUCACCCAGGUGUGUUUGUAAACCUGGUUUCCAAGGCGACGGUAUCACCUGUGUGGAGUCUGACCCGUGUGCUCCACCUCUCAGAGGCGGCUGCAGUGUCAACGCUAAAUGUAUAAAGACAGGCCCAGGUACCCACACCUGUCAGUGUCUGACUGGCUGGACAGAAGACGGAGAUGAGUGUCGACCAAUAAACAACUGUGAUGGUCCUGACAGAGGAGGCUGCCACACCAACGCCUCCUGCAUCUACGUCGGACCCGGACAGAGCGACUGCGCCUGCAAGACCGGCUAUAAGGGGAACGGACACGUGUGUGAGGCUGUUAACCAGUGUGUGACGGCAAUCGGAGGCUGUCACUUCAGGGCCAGCUGUCUCCUGCUGUCAUCUCAGUGGACAUGUUUCUGUGAUGAUGGAUAUGUUGGAAACGGACACCUGUGUUACGGUACCAUCGAACAGGAGCUGAUGGUUCUGCAGACCGCCUCGGACUUCUUCACCUGGACCACUGAUUCUGGCCUGUCUCGCUCUUUGUCGGAUCAGAACCUGACCCUCCUAGUUCCAACAUCCACAGCCAUCGCUCAGAUGUCCUCAAAGGACAGAAGCUUCUGGACAAUGAAGGGAAAUGUGCCAAGCCUCAUCAGAAACCAUAUCAUACCAGGCAUCUUCUCCUUAUCCACACUGAGGAACACCUCAUCAGUGACUUCUAUGCUGCUGGCCACUCUUCCUGUUUCAACCAGCCAGGAGAUCACAUCUGUUGGAGGAGCGACCAUCAUCACCUCAGACGGAGCUGCCACCAAUGGCCUGAUCCAUGUUAUUAACAAGGUUCUAGUUCCUGACAGAAAGCUGAGUGAAGGUCUGCUGGCCGUGCUCGCCCUGAGGCCUCAGUUCUCGAUCUUCAGAUCUUAUCUCAUCGAUUACAACCUGACUCAGGAGAUUGAGCAGGCCAAUGAGUUCACCAUGUUCGCCCCGACAGAUGCUGCCAUCACAGAGUACCUCCAGCACAUGGCGGCACCUGCUUUGGAUGUAAACACAACCCGGUACCACGUGGUUCUGGCGGAGCGCCUGUUAAAGACCGACCUUCAGCCUGGAGGAUACAAGGAGACCCUCCUUGGAUUUCGCUUUCAGCUUGGGAUCUACCCCCGAGACGGAAAGCUGUUUGUGAACGACGCUCAGAUAAACUCAUCCAACCUGCUGUGCGGUAAAGGAGUGAUUCAUGGUCUGUCAGCUGUGCUGCACAUCAAUAGAAAUCGCUGCGACAAACUCACAUUUAACAAAGUUAAGGGGCCUUGUGGACACUGUUUUUUACCCAAAAGCCAAAAAUGUCCCAGUGGCACCACUCCUGAUAAAUCAACCAGGAUGAAGAAGUGCUGGUUUAGAGAAGUCAUUGAAGGAGGAUUCCAUUUGACCUCUGGCUGCGUAGCAACCUGCAUCCAGAAGACCUAUGAACUCAGAUGCUGUGAAGGGUUUUUCGGGGAGCACUGUGAGCCUUGUCCAGGUCCCAAGGGGCAAGCCUGCUUCGGUAAUGGCCUGUGUUUAGAUGGGGUGAGUGGCACUGGAACCUGUAGGUGUAACAAAGAGUUCAACGGGACUGCAUGUGAAACGUGUCAGAGCGGAAAAUACGGAGUUCACUGUGAUCAAGAGUGUCAGUGUACGAACGGACGCUGUAACGAGGGACUGAACGGAGACGGGACCUGCGAGUGUGAUGUCGGCUGGAGAGGCGUUUACUGUGAUGAAAAAAUUGAAUCAAAAGCUGAUGAACUGUGUGGCUCAGUGAAAUGUCAUAGCAGUGCAAACUGUGUGGUCCAGUCAUCUGGAUCUCAAUGUCUCUGUGCUGCUGGAUUUGAAGGAAAUGGAACAUUCUGUAAAGCUGUAGACCCGUGUCUGGUGAGUAACGGCGGCUGCAGUCUGUAUGCGGUUUGCAAAAGGACCCGACCCGGCCGCAGACACUGCAUCUGUAAGAGCGGCUAUGCUGGAGAUGGGUUUGUCUGUGUGGAGAUAAAUCCAUGUAUUGAGGGAAAUGGAGGAUGCCCUGCUAACGCAGACUGUAUCCAUGUUGGACCAAACAAAACUUCCUGCGUCUGCAUUAAAGGUUACUCAGGCGAUGGGCAGAAAUGCAGCAUGGUCAACUUGUGUAAAAAGGGAAACAGCGGCUGCCACCUGUUUGCCCAGUGCAACAUGACAGGACCUGGUGUCCGAUCCUGCACAUGCGCUGAAAACUAUGUUGGAGAUGGUUUCAAGUGCAAAAGCACCGUUGACAAGGAGCUGAGGAAUAUGGGGUCUGCCCAAUUUUACUUCAGUCUGAUGAUUAUGGACAUUACCCUUAAAGGUCGUGGUCCAUUCACAGUCUUUGUUCCGAGCACUCGGGCCACCAAAAACACCAGCUUAAUUAGAGUGGAAUCUUCUUUAAGCAAUAAAGAGACGUUCGCCAACCUGCUGCGCAACCACAUCGUCAUGUGUCACACUCUGCUGCCUGACGACCUGAACCAGCCCAGAAACCUGACCUCUCUGUCUGGACUCGUACUCACUACCAGCUCUACACAGGGAGCAAUCACCAUCAACGAGGCGAAUGUGACCAAAAGCGACGACAUCAGUGUUAACGGCAUCAUCCAUGAAAUUGACACCGUGCUGUUUCUACCCAACAUUAACAGAAACAACAUCUGGUUAAUCCCUGACCCAACAAAGCUGAAUCUGACAGACGUGGCUGAAAGACAUGGUUAUAAAAUAUUCUACAAACUGCUGAAGGACACAGGUGUGAUGGACCUCAUAAAUGAUGCGAUUAACCAGCCAGUGACCAUCUUCAUGCCAUCUGAUGAUGCCAUGGCCUCUCUGCCACAACAACAGAAGGACUUCCUGUUCCACCAACAUAAUCGACCACAGCUACUGGAGUACCUGAAGUACCACAUCAUGAUGAGCCAGAAGGUUUAUGCAGAAGAAUUGAUCUAUCUGGAGUCUGGUCGGACUCUGCAUGGUUCAGCUCUCUCAUUCUCCUGCGGUGGUUUGGACAAAAUUGGAGAAAUCUACGUUAAUGACGGAUCAUGUCGGAUCAUCCAGAGGCAUCUUGUCUUCAAAGCUGGGAUCGCGUAUGGAAUAGACUGCCUACUGAUCCCUCCCAGCCUCGGAGGGCGCUGUGAUGAACAGACGUUUUUAGAUCUGAAGAUGAACUGUGGUCAAUGCACAGCAUCUCUCUGCCCCAGAAGAACCAUACAAAAGGAGGUCACGAAUUGUGAUCUUCCAACUUUGUUCAUCAGUAGAAACUCUGGUUGUCGACCCAUCUGUACCGUCAACAUCUGGCAUCCAAAGUGUUGUUCUGGUUUCUAUGGAAGAGACUGUUUGGUCUGUCCCGGAGGAGCCCACUCUCCCUGCAACAACCAUGGUAAAUGCGACGACGGCCAGCUUGGUAAUGGUACCUGUACCUGCGAUGCUGGUUUUGGGGGCACGGCCUGUGAGAUGUGCAGGAACGGGUUCUACAGUCCCAGCUGUAAAGCCUGUAACUGCUCGGCUCACGGGUCAUGUGACGAUGGACUCCGGGGCACAGGUUUGUGUUUCUGUGAGGAAGGAUGGACCGGAGAACGAUGUGAUGUUCAGCAAACUGAGGUGUUCCAGUGCUCUCCACCCUGCUCUCCAAAGGCCAUCUGUCAGGAAAACAACAGUUGCGUCUGUCGACCGUUUCAUGUUGGUGACGGACUCACCUGCACAGUGGUGGACAUAUGUAAGAUCUGGAAUGGUGGUUGUGCCAGAGAAGCUAAAUGUUCUCAGAGAGGAGAGAAGGUGAGCUGCCUGUGUCCUCAGGGCCACUCUGGAGACGGCUUCACCUGUCUACCCAUGGACCCCUGUGCCAGCGGGGACAACGGCGGCUGCCACGAACACGCCACCUGCACCAUGGUGGCUCCGGGGAAGAAAAAGUGCACCUGUAAGGACAACUACAUCGGAGAUGGAGUUACCUGUGAUCUCAAGCAGCUGCCAAUCAGCCGCUGUCUCCAGGACAAUGGACAGUGCCACCCAGAUGCUAAAUGUACCGACCUCCACUUUGAAGAUGCAACGCUUGGCGUGUUUCAUUACCGAUCAGUUAAAGGUCAGUACAAACUAAACUACACAGAGGCUCAGCAGGACUGCAGGGCAAAAGGAGGCAGCCUGGCUACAUACGCUCAGCUCUCCUACGCUCAACAGGGUGGAUUGAACAUGUGUGCAUCUGGCUGGUUGGACCGGGCCCGGGUCGCCUACCCCACCACCCACUCCAACCCCAACUGUGGCUUCGGACACGUUGGCAUCGUGGACUACGGCACCCGGAAAAACCUCAGUGAGACCUGGGAUGCCUUCUGCUACAGGAUGAUGGAGGUGCAGUGUGAGUGUGAACCAGGUUACAUUGGAGAUGGAUUCAGCUGUGCAGGAAACCUGCUGCAGGUUCUCAGGUCUACCCCCACCUUCUCCAACUUCCUCAUACAAAUUCUGAACUACUCCGAGGUGUCCAAGUCUGGCCAGACAUUUGUGAAGCGUCUCAGUGACCCGGAUGUUCAGUCCACCCUGUUUGUACCUGAGAAUAGUGGCCUGCCAGAGAACCUGACCCUGUCCCAGCGGGACAUCGAGUUCCACCUGUCCGAAGGUCAGGCUCUUCCUCUGAGCCAACUAAGAAACAACAGUCGGAUCAGGACUCGAGUUGGUAGUCUGACAGUCCUUGGGGUUGCCAACCUUCUCAACCCCUCUUCUCUGACUUCCUGUUACAUCAACGACCGCUUCGUCAUGGACUCCGACGUUCCGGCUUCAAAUGGGAUCAUCCAUGUCCUCCAGGGACCUCUGAAAGCUCCUCCUCCCCAUAGCGUUACGCAUGUGGCCCACCAGGCCGGGAUGGGAGUGGGAGUGGUCCUUCUGAUCCUUCUGGUGGCGGGAGCCGUCUUGGUUGGAUAUCGUUUCUACAGCCACAACAGCAAACCGUUCCAGUUCCACUACUUCAAGGACAACGACAACGAACCUGCAGCAGAAACAGAAAACUACAGCCGCAGCAUCUGUAACCCUGUUUAUGAAGCAGGUCCACAACCAACAGAUCCAGAACCGACCUGGUCCAAUGCAUCAGGUGCCACGGGGAGUCCACAGCCAUCUGUUAAGGUGGUGGACAGACACGAGGUGGUGAACGGAGGAUCGUAUGACCUGCUGCAGGACAGCUGAAUCUGGACCUGGUCUCUGCUGGAUCAGAACAACUCAAACCAGCACCAGACUAAUUCUGAUUCAGGUUUUCUACCAAAGAACCUGAAGGACGGAGUCAUUUCUGCAGAGCCGAGUCACUACACCUGCACAGUGUGUGUUCAGGUGCUUGAACAAACGGUCGGAUGUCAAAGUCCUGACCUGAGGGUUUGUGUUGGAGUUCUGGGAAAAAGGGAAUAAAGUAUCAACAAGCUGA